AUUUUCUUACACUGUCAAUUGAAUCAAAUCAAAGACAAUAAAUAAUAAUAUUAUGUUGUGCGAAAUAGUGAUUCACCGGUGGCCGGUGAGUUACAAUAUAAUGCAGCAGCUGUUUUCUCAUGACGAUCUGUGGUGAAAUUUGUACGAAUCAUAUUUCCGACGAUCGUUUUCUUUUUUUAUUUUACUUUCAUGCAUCGUUAUCAUUAUUUUAAGCGUUUUGUGAAACAUUCUUUUUUCUAUUGUUUUUUCUACCAAUAAUUGAAAAUAUAUUUUACCCGAUGUGAUAAAUUAUAGUGUAGGUACUGUUUAAAAUCAAAAUUUACGUAUGUAAACGUCCGUCAAAUAGCUCGUUUUGUUUCUGAACGUGUUUGUCGAAGAAUUGGUGCUGUGUUUAACCGAAUACAAACAGAACACUCACAAGUUGCAAGGAAAUCAUGGGGAUCGAGAAGAAAAUCGUGAUCGUCGGCGACGGGGCAAGCGGUAAAACGUGCCUGUUGCACGUGUUCUUCGAGGACGUUUACCCAAACAUAUACGUGCCGACGGUGUUCGACAGCUUCUCUACCGUGAUCGAAGUGGACGGGAAGACGGUGAAGCUGGCGCUGUGGGACACGGCCGGCCAAGACGACUACGACCGGCUGCGGCCGCUCUCGUACCCCAACUCGGACGUGGUGAUCGUGUGCUAUUCGAUCGAUACGCCGGGAUCGUUGAUCAACGUGACCGACAAAUGGGUGCCGGAGGUGCGGUACUUCUGCCCGGAUGUGCCGCUCAUAUUGGUGGGCAACAAGAAGGACCUGCGGGACGAUUACUUUUCGGGCGGAAAUCUGACCGCGACGACGGAAGCCGUCGUUGGUUCGACGACCACGAUCACGACGGACACGACCACGGUCACGGUCGAAAGCGAUGACACGAGAUGUCGGCGCGAACGCGUGCCCUUGAUAAACGUCGACGACGACGAGAAGGAUACGUGCGAAGCGGGAAGGGACGCGGGAUCGUCGAGGAUCACGAGCGUCGUAUCCGGUACGGUGCACACGUCACCGUUGUGGUCGUCGUCAAACCGACCGUCGGAAACCGGUACCGCCGUCAAGCCCCGGGAACCGAUGCUGAGCACGGACGAGGGCCAAACGGUCGCCAACGAGGUCGGAGCUUUCGCGUUCGUCGAGUGUUCGGCCAAGACCCGGGACGGCGUUCAAGAGGUGUUCAGAGCCGCGGUGAAGGCCACGCGACGCGAUUACAAACACGGCCAGUGCGUUUUGCUUUAAAGUCAAGUUUGUUGUUGUAUGUUUCGUUUAUAAUCGUCUAACUCGAUAUCGGUCUGCAUUGUAAAUAACCGUUCGGUUUUCCAAAUUGUAAAUUAUAAAUAUUGAAAUUAUAUCGUAACGUUACACGUUCACAGUUGUAGUGCAGUGCAGUGUUUGUGUGUUCAUUAGCGAUGUAGUUCGAUAGAAUAUUAUAAUGACGUGCGAUUUUUACAAUAUUAUUACACUGUUUUUUUCGACCGACUGCAGUCUCUUUUCAGUCAGCCGAUUCCGACGUGCCCGCAGUGAUCCGGUAAAAUGCUAGUCGAUUACGUGAACAACGAUCAGCACCGUUUUGGAGUGACCGACUGAAGCGAGAAGUGUAUUGGUUUUACCAUGAUUUACCAAUGUGUGUGUGUACAAUUUCGAAUAGAAGUCAUCAUUAAGUAAAAAAUAAAAUAUAGAAUAUGGAUUCUAGUUGGCGUUUUUUCAGAGGGUCUUUUUCUGAAUUUUUCAGUUGUUUUCCGAAUAAAUGAAAAAUAUUGUGAAAAAUACGAAGAAAAAAUCAAUUGUAAUAAAAUUUUAAAUUCUUAGACGAGACUCGAACUCAUGCCACUAAUAAUCGCAAAUAACUUUGCUAUGCGUUAUUUCUUUUUACUUUACUUUUGAGUAUACUAUUUCUGACAAAAGGAUUGUUCCGAUCAUUACAAUUGUAAUAGAUCUCUUUCAGGAGAUAUUGUUUAUUUGGUUCCUUGGAAAAAAUCAUUUUACGAAUUUUCCAACAAUUUUCUUAAUAAUUGCAAAAAACUGAUGAAAAGUUAUAAAAAUACAGCAACAUUUACGGCAUAUCGAAUUUCGCCAGAAAUGUAUAUUUGUUUUUGAAAAAUAAUGUAUGAAGAAACCUAACAUUAUUAAUGAAUGCUAAUUUCAUUUUAAUUUUCAAAAAAAAUUGUUG